ACAGCGGUUGUCAUAGCUGCUAUUGGCUAGGGUUUAUUCCGAUUUCCAAAUACGCUUUAUGUAAUCCCUCUCGGAUAUCCAAUGCUGCGUCGACAUAGUAUAGAGGACCGCCCCCGUAGUUUUCUGAGUUCGCAAUCCGAUAUAACUAUCAAACAAUAUGGCGCCCGUAUCUACUCUCUCAUUCAAAUGUGCUCUCAUUACUGGCGGUGGCGGAGGGCUGGGAAGAGCUAUGGCGGAGGCACUCAUUGGCAUGGGGAAGUCGGUGAUCAUCGCAGGCCGAACUGAAGAGAGUCUCAAGAAAACAGCAGGAGAGAUUGGAGCAAAAGACUACGUCGUACUUGACGUGAGCGAUAUCCAAAGCAUCAAUAGAUUCGUCAAGAACCUCGUGUCCAAACAUCCAGAGUUGGACUGUGUCAUCAACAACGCUGGCGUCCAGCGGCCAUUUCAGAUCCUGGGUCCAGACUACGGCUUUGAUCUAGACAAAGCAGAUCAGGAAAUCGACACAAAUAUUCGUGGCCCGAUGCACCUGUGCGUCUCCUUAGUACCACAUUUCAACAGCCUCCCAAACGGCGGUGUUAUCAUGAAUGUCUCGUCUGUGCUCGGAUAUAACCCGUUCAGUCUGGUCAACCCGGUAUAUAACGGUACGAAGGCGUGGGUGCAUUUCUUCACCAUGAACCUCCGAACGCAGCUCCGCCAGGCUGGGAGCAAGAUCAAGGUUGUUGAGAUUGUGCCUCCAACCGUCGAAACGGCUUUGCACCGGGAGAGGAAAGAUCCAGAUGACAACAAGAAAAGCCAUGGUUCGGCGUCUGCGCUUAGUGUGCCUGAAUUUAUGGAGCAGAUCUUAGAGGGUUGGAAGAAGGAUGAAGACACUUGUGCUGCCGGCAUGGGCCAUGAGGUGGUCGAAAAGUGGUAUGCUGCCUAUGGAGAGGCUUAUACCAAGGCAGGUGGAUGAAGGUGUUGCGCAGAGUGGUUUACUGCGAAGAAAAGAUUGUACAGUACAGUUCUUAGACAAAUGUAGUUGAUGAAGUAUGAACGAAACCAUAAAUCGAGGAGUGAAAGAAAACUGGGCCAGGAAGUCGACAGCGAACUUCGGCUGACAGAAGAGAGCUUUGCACUGCAUGCCACUUGGUAGUGAGAAUGGUACGUGGACCAU